AAAAAACAGACCCAGUUAUCCUACAGCUUCCACAGCUUCUCGGAUCCUCAUCGGAGGACAUUAUCCACGAUUUCAUCACUGUUCUCUCGCCCUCUCCUCAAACGUUGAAGAGUACAAUACCAACUUGUCCCACCUGCUUCUGAGGAGCUUUAUUUUCAGUGGGUGGUAAAUACUACGAGAAAGUGGGAUACAGCAAGUUACCACUUCUUCUUCUUUCACCUCCAUCCCAGAACAUUUGAGAUUCUGAACAUUUCCACACAACGAGCAGAUUCUGCACACCUCUCUCUCUCUUCUCAUCCUCCCCUCUUUUCUUGGGUCGGAUCUCAUUUGCCCUCUCGCAGCCGAACUUACUAGUCCUCCUCUCUCUCUAGUAUUCGCUGAUCUCUGCAAAUUUGGCGUGCAACUGCCUGCCUGCACCACACAAAUAAGGUGGAGGAGGGAGCACUAAGUACGUGUGCAGGAGUGAUAUUUCGAAGUGAUUAACGGUUUUUUGACUCGUGAACAACGCAAGGAUCACUUCUUCUUCCUCUCUGUAAUUUCUGUUCGUGCUUCUGUUUCGUGGUGGAGAGCAUUACACGUAUUGGCCACACCACUCAUCCAACAGCCACUUUACAUAUGUUUUCAUAUAAAAGACGACCGGUGCUCGUAAAUCUGUCACUUUUUAACUCUGCUCCAAUAGAAGAGCCACCUUUCCUUGUAGAAUUAAAAUGAUCGCCAUGCAAAUUAAACAAGAGCAGUCAAUGCAUGCAUAUUCCUGGUUGUGGGCAUGUGUCCUCUCAGCUUGUCUGUGGUCUCUCUUCUUCAUUCACUUAAUUCCUCGCCCAUGCAAUUAGCUUGGCAGCAACUGCUUCCAGAGGAGGAGGCUUCGUUCGUGUGUACUUUUGUAUAUUGUACGAGACGAGUCCAACAUAUGCCCUCCUCGUCGCCAGUAGCAGUUCUUUAUCUCCCCAGUUCUUGAAAGAUUUACUUUUCGAAUCACUCUCCAACAACGGCAGCCGCAGUGGUGGUGGGACGGCGGUGUGGUGGGAUCCAAUAUUGAUAGCGUCGACGAUCACGACGACGACGGUAAAGUCUUCGCCUUCUUGCAAGCACCACUUGUCUUGUCGGUGAUUUAAAAGAGAGAUCGAUUUCAGCCUCGUCUCUCUCUCGAGCGAUAUCCCUCUCGGGAGCAUUUCUGAGGUGAACCCCAAAUUACCUGGGACAACAGGAACAACAACACCUAUAACGUGUCCUCUGUCCCGUGUGUGCCGCCCCCUCCUCCCCCCCAAAAAAGGAGACACAGACAGGAGUGAAAAAGUGUUCUCCAAGUAGCCAUGAGUCAUAUGGAUAUUGGGAGAGUGAAGAUCUAUUCAUCAUAAAUCUAUAAUAAUCUCAAACUCUUAAUAACAAUGAGAAGUGUGUAAUAAGAAGAAAGAGUAACGAGCCCCUGGUUUUUUCAACCCAUCUGCAAAAGCAAUAAAAUUUGAGGAAUAUCAUAAAUACGAGACUCGACUCUUCUCCUACCACCUUCGUCUUCAUCCUAUUUUAAUAAUCUCAAUCUCGUCAAGAAGACGAAGCAGGAAUAGGAAAGUGCAAAAGUGAGAUUGGCAUAACAUACGGGGCAUCAUUAUCUAUCAGCGAAGGAGGAGUAGGAGGAAACGGAUAUCGACAUCGUUUCGUCGUCUCAGCGUCGUCGACGUCUCCGUCUCAAUUUUGCUGCCUCGACGGUAAACGGAGAGAAGAAAAAUACGAGGCUUUUUUGUGGAUAACUUCUUGGAUUGCUUCUUGCAGUCAAAAAACGAAGCCAACUCGACAACUAACUUACUACUCGCACCGUGUGUGUGUGGAUGUUUUUUUCUGUGAUUGUGUGUGACGUUGAGGAGGAAGAAUGGGGAAAAGUUGAACUGUAAAUACGACACAUAACAACAUAUCUCAACCACUCCUGCAUAUGCAACCCUUUUUCCCGAGGUUUGAGUAGAAUAAGAAUGAGCAAAGACUGGAAAAUGUGCAGGUCAUUUGUGGACAAAAGGAUUUUUAGGACAAGGAUUGAAGCGGUCGUAAAAAAGUGAUGUGAUACACGCCAGGACGAAGCAGUGUUUUAUGAUUCCGGUCGCAGGAUGGGAUCACAAUCAUCCCAAGAAGAGUUUAACUUUCUUGGAAACUUUUCCUCUACAACCUUUUCCCCCGAAAUGGAGGAUGACGACGCAUUUUACGGGAACUUCUCAUGGGCCGGGAACUCCUCUCUGUCUGAAGAAGGGGACGAUGACGAAGGGAUGGAGGGCAUCUCGCCCCACAACGUCGCCCUGGCCGUGCUUCUCUCCGCCUUUUGUGCGGCCACGGUCUUUGGCAAUGCGCUCAUCGUGGUCGCCGUGGCUCGCGAGAGGUAUCUUCACUCCGUGACCAACUACUUCAUCACGUCCCUCGCCGUCGCCGACUGUCUCGUGGGCCUCGUCGUGAUGCCGUUUCAAGCCAUUUUCGAAUUGAUGAACAAGCGCUGGAUUUUUGGCGAGUAUUGGUGCGACCUUUGGCACUCGCUGGACGUUUUGGCCUCGACGUCGUCAAUACUCAACUUGUGCGUGAUUUCACUCGACCGAUACUGGGCCAUCACGGACCCUUUCAGCUACCCCUCGCGCAUGACGACGAAUAGGGCUUGUUUCCUUAUCGCGCUCGUGUGGUUCUGCUCGAGCCUCAUCUCAUUCCCAGCCAUUUUGUGGUGGAGGGCGACCCGAGACCAGCCCAUCCCCCCACUCAAGUGCCCCUUCACCCAGGACAUUGGCUACCUCGUCUUCUCCUCAAUCAUCUCAUUCUAUGGACCACUCUUCGUCAUGGUUUUUACUUACUAUCGCAUCUACCGGGCGGCCGUGCAGCAGACGAGGAGUCUCAAAAUGGGCUCAAAACUUUGCACGGAUGGCGAUGUCGAACUCACUCUGAGAAUCCACAGGGGUGGACGCCUCGCCAACCUAAAUGAUCAACACCACAGCUCCCGCUCCCAACCGGCGGCGAUUCACCACCCACGAAAUCAUCACGCCCCCACCCACCAAAACUCGGACGAUUGUGACUCUGAUAUUGGUCACAUUGAUUUGGAAGGUGGGAAUGGGACCUCCCCCCCGAGAAGCAACUCGGUCCGUGUGGUUCCCAAAAACUUGAAACAUUUCAGUAUUAGUCGUAAAUUAGCCAAGUUCUCAAAGGAAAAGAAGGCUGCCAAAACAUUGUCCGUGGUCAUGGGAGUCUUCAUCGUUUGUUGGCUCCCGUUUUUCAUCACUAAUUUGAUUUCUGGCUUUUGUCGCUCCUGUCUACAGCAAGCCGAGCUCGUGACAGAUAUUGCCACAUGGUUGGGAUGGAUCAACUCAUCCAUGAAUCCUGUCAUUUACGCGUCAAUGUCCCGUGAUUUUAGAAGGGCUUUUGGAAGAGUCAUCUGUGCGUGCUGUUCCCGUCGGAUAAAGCGACCCUACCGAGCCGGAGUCACCAGAAGCAGGCUCCCACGACUCACACAGCCCUUCUCCUAGUCAAUGACUUCCCGCAAUCACGACUCGUCAUUGAUUGACACGGGGGCUGUGUAUCUGUGUCAGCAACAAAAGCUUCGUGUAAUAACCAAGUCAAACCAAACGGGAGCAGUUCGUGCGGAAAAAGAGAAAACUUGAAAAUUUUUGUCAAUCUCGGAGACGUAAAUACGUGUGUGGCGAACAGUGGGCGCGGAAGCUGGGGGGACAUAGGGGGACAUUAGCAUUGUAGGAUAGGGGAGGGAGGGAAGGGUUUGUAUAAGAUGAUGGGGACAUCGAACAACCGUGGGGACAUUGUCCCCUCACCCUUCCGCGGCCACUGGUGGAGAAUGCCAAUCCCACAUUUUGUAUGUAGCUCCCUCCUUCCCCACCCAGUACUUUUUCACUCUUUGAAAAAGGGUUCAAAAGGUUCAGGAAGGAUAAACAGUGGACAACUCAUAAUCCAGCUCGCUCCGAGGGAUUGCCUGGUUUUUGAAUAUCUUUUUCACUACAACAGCUCCUUUAAAAUUGGCAACAGACACAUAAAUGUCAAACUACCGCCCACUUUAGCGUUAGCCUCGCGUCACGUGUGGGCUAGGUGAAGGUAAAUAUCUACUUAGACCCAUUCCGAAUAGAAUUUAUUCCACUCAGGAAGUUAUCUCUGCAUCGUGAAGGACGCGUUUUACGGACAAGAGGCCAGUGCAAAUUAGUUGAGAGAAAGUCAAUGCUGAAGGAAAUCAAUAUGCCACACCAGACAUCAUUUGACUUUCAAGUUACAUAUCUCACUUUCCCUCCUUCCUCGACUUGGUGAUAACCAGAGGAAAGUAGGCUUUCACUCCUACGGAAGACUGAUUAUCUGAUUAUCGAAAUUCCAUAGUUCCUCUUCCCCCGUGGAUUUGCAUAUUUUUGUACUUGCCCCUUCCUCCUCUCUGCUAUUUUGAGCCCAAACUAUAUCUACCAACCAUCUUCACAUUGUUAUUAUUGUUCCCCCAUCUACCUAAUUCUAAAAGCAUGAUUUUAAUCCGUGAAGCAAGUUUGUAUAGUUACUUAUUCUGCUAUCUAUCUCUCUCUGCAUUGCCGUUAUUCUGCCCCAGUGGUCUCUCACCCGGCGAAAAACUCUCUCCAACCAGCAUUCCAACUGAUAUCUGCUACGCUAUUAAUUCUCCACUACGAACAAUAAUGGGCAGCAGCAGAGAAAUAAAGGCAGAGAAAUGAGGAGGAGGCAUCCGAUCGUGGAGAUUGGUCCAUCCAUUCACUAAUAAAUAUAAUGCGGAAUGUUGUGCGUCGUCCUGUCAUGCUAAGAUUUAUUGGGCGUAUAUUGUACAUUUGUAGUCAAUGACGGCAGCGGUCCAAACGGCCAUGGUGGCAGCGACUCCACGCCAUCCCGCAGCGACGGGCAGUUGUUCUUCUGCAAGUCAGGAUGUCGUCGUGCCGCCGACGCUACGUGAAUAGAACACCAAAACCAAUAAAUGAUCAAAAACCCGUAUUUGUAAUCAAGCAAGACGACAAAAAUUUAAGAAUUGGACGAGACGACCACAUAAUCCACCACAUAUUUAUGCAUCCAGUCUCACAUAUUGUUAUACCAUAACUGUUAUGGUUAUUUAUAUGCAAAUAUGUGUCUCUGUCGACAACAAACAUAUUACACCCAUGAUCUCUAUGUCACCAUUCCUUACAAUUUUCUUUUUAGAACGAACUACUCCUCCAGAGGAGGACUGGAGGACGACGACUUCGACGACGCCGACGACGACUUGUCCUCUUCAUUCAUCACUGCAGACAAUCAUUACUAAUUGUUUUUUUGUUAAAGAAGAGGAACACGUCGCAUACUUGACGACGAGCUAAAUAUUUGUAUUACUUUUGAGUAUUAUUAUAAUUACGCUGCAAAAAAUAGUGUUUCUAUUAUUAUUCCGUGUACACAUUACAUGCAUAUUUCCGCACGAGGGGAGUAGACUUUUAUCAAAUCAAGAAACCAAAUUAUUAAACCACGUGCUAUUGUAAAAUUUCACCGAAUUGAUUGUUGCGAUAAUCUUUCACACAUAAAGUAAUCUGCAUAAAUAUGUAAAUUACUUUUUUAUACAAUUAUUUUUGCUACCAUUGUUCAACAAUUGUUAUUCGAAUGAUCAAACAAACAGAGUUAAGAUUGCUUUCUCCUGAAGCAUACAUAGAAACACAAUGAAACCUGAAAAAUUAUUCCUACAUUUGUAUCUCCUACUACAUACUUAUGUACACACAGAAACUAUAAAAGAGAGUAGGGAGAGAGAAAUAUUCUAAAAUUCUGUACAUUUCUCACGAUCAUCUAUUAAUGGUAAGCUUUUUUCAUUCAACAAAUAAAACAUAUCCAACAAAAUUUAAAAUAUAUAAAUAAAAUAUUCACCCUUUCGGAUGACUCUGCAUACAUAACAUAUUGGUGUUGCUGACGAAUCAGUGGCCGCGGAAGGUGUGGGGACAUUAACAUUGGGUUUAUAUAAGAUGAGGAGAUGAUGCCGACAUCGAACAACCGUGGGGACAUUGUCCCUCACCCUUCCGCGGCCACUGGUUACGAUAUAUCCUAGAUAAAUAUGAAAUCCAAUCAUCCCACGCCCCCAUCUCGCAGGGAAAUAUAUGUAUGUAUACCGUAUAAUAAAUGUAAUCAUAUCGUGUCCCUUUCACUAUUCAAUGUUCAAUAUUCAAUGUACUUUUUAGCACAACUUGCCAAGUUCAGGCAACAUUUUAGAGUGCACUUUCUUGCCAUGCAAUUUAAAAACUUCUUCUUUGUGUUACUACUACACACCCACUUCCGUCGUGCGAUGAUCAUCAGGGUGUGUUUGCUUUGUUCUAUUUUUUAUUACAUUUUUCACCAACUUUUUUCUCUCGGUGAAAGUGAAAGUUAUGCAUGUAUGUGCGAAUAUUAGGAGGAAAUGAGCGAUCUUAUAACAUAUUUAUAUCUCUUGAUACCUCUUCAUUCUACAUAUUUCAUUGUGAAGUAAGAGAAAAAAAUGUGCUACACAUACUCAAUCCCAGGACGACGAGAUUGACGAGAAAAGUCUCACCAUCAAUCAAAACCUUCGUUUUUUCUGGAAUUUUAUUAUUUUCGUUCCCUGUAAUACUCAUUCCGGUUGAAGUGAGCCAAGCCGUAGGAGGAGGAAAGAAGCUGUUGUAUUUAUAGUGUUACUUAUGAAUAUAUGGAGAAUAUAUAUGUGUGUAAA